AUGUUCCAUCCAUUUGAUGCAGAUGAUAUUCUCCAAGUGCCUUUGAGCAGGCGGGUGGUGCAAGAUGUGGUGGUGUGGUCUGGUUCAAAAAAGGGAAACUAUACAAUGAAGUUCGGAUAUUAUGUGGCAAAGAAGCUACGAAUGGAAGAGAGCAACCUUAGGGAGUCAUCGAGGCAAGGAACGAAUGGCGCACUCUGGUCACGUAUCUGGCAGGCCAAUGUUCGUAACAAGAUUAAAAUUUUUUCAUGGCGUGCAUGUCUAAACAUUCUGCCCACACAAGUAAAUCUAGCACGCAGAAGGGUAGUGGAGAAGACUUCAAAAAUCAAGUACUAUGCAGCCCGAUUUUCUGCAGCUGGUUACAAGUUUAAUGCUGAGACUUUCAAGGGAGGAAUGGGAUCUGUUUUGGGUCACUUGUUGGCAAAUAUGGAAUCAGCGCAAUACAACCAUGCACGGGGGUGUAUUCUAGCAUCCUUCAAGAUCAUCUCAGCGAGCAUUGGAGUAUUUGAGAGAGUUCACAGAGGCACAAGACCAGUUGCGUGUUUCAGCUCCAAUUCUGUCUACGCCGCAAUAGCUGCUUCGGGCUAUGGUGCUGUGAUUAGAAAUGAAAAGGGUGAAGUAAUGGCUGCUUUGGCUGCAAAGGGCGGUGUUGUACGGGAUAGUGAAGAGGUGGAAGUGCUUGCAUGUCAUAAGGCUCUCGAGUUUGCAAUAGACGCAGGCUUCAUGGAAAUUAUUUUGGAAGGUUUUAGAUCCAUUUCGAUUAAUUGUGUUAGGCACAUUGCUAAUGGGGUCGCUCAUGCUUUGGCUAGAUUUGCUAGAUUAAUUGAUGAUGAUAUUGUUUUGUUGGAGGAGGAUCCCCCACCUGUGGUGGAUGCUUUGUAUUUGGAUGCUAAUGCUUUAAAUUAA